AUGGCAGCCCUCACCCCUGCGUUUUAUUUGUCGCGCAUCUUGUCUGGGCUGGGCACUACACACAGCGACUUCAUGGACUUCUUUGCAGUCUACACAAACAUCGGGGCAGUCUACCGCCCCUCGUCCGGCAGCAAGAUCCAGGACCGCCACGCCAUCUUGCUGGUCGG